GGUGCCGUGCUGUAUAUAUCUGCUCCAAUCCAUCUCUUCUCAUCCUCUCUGUUUUUCUUGUUCUUUCUCUUCCGUGGUGCCAUUCUUGGGUUGUUAUAUUGUUAUAUUCUCUUUUAUUUUUCUAGGGUUUGUGUUGUUUGGAGAGAAUGAAGGAAAAUAUGUGGAAUCCACUUCAUUUGAAAUCCUUGAACCACAUCUCGCUUUUGUGCAGAUCGGUUGAGGAAUCCAUUAAUUUCUACCAGAAUGUUCUUGGUUUUGUGCCCAUUCGAAGGCCUGGAUCGUUUAAUUUUGAUGGGGCAUGGCUAUUCGGUUAUGGAAUUGGAAUCCAUCUGCUGCAAUCGGAGGAUCCGGAAAAGAUGCCCAAGAAACACGAGAUCAACCCCAAAGACAACCAUAUCUCUUUCCAGUGUGAGAGCAUGGGUGCAGUGGAGAAGAAGCUGAAGGAGAUGGGGAUUAAUCAUGUGCGGGCAAUGGUAGAGGAAGGUGGGAUCCACGUUGAGCAGCUGUUCUUCCAUGACCCAGAUGGGUUCAUGAUCGAGAUAUGUGAUUGUGAUAAUCUGCCUGUGGUGCCAUUGGCGGGAGAGAUGGCAAGAUCAUGUUCAAGGGUGAAGCUGGAGUUGCUGCAGCAGCAGAUACCACCACUUGUUGGUCCAUCCGUGAGGAGGAAUUAGAGAGAGCACUCUAGCUAGCAUGCACCAUCAAUAAAGUAAUCAAUGAUCAUUUUGGAGUUUAGUCUGCCAAUUUGUUUAUUUAAUUAAGGUCGUAAGUGCUUUCCUUUAUCAAUUUCCUUGUCUCUAGCUUUCUGUUACACGUAGUACGAUUUAGAAUAAGACGAAUUAGUGGAUGUAAUCCAGAUGGGAAAUGAUCAUCUCCCUUGUUUACAAUUCAAUGAAAGUAGAGAGACUUUAUUAAACUAA